CUUUCCGACCGAACGAGACGACCUGCGUUCCUUCAAAACGACAUAGUUCGUUUAGGGUUUAAGGUGUCUCUGUCUCCUCCGUCCUAAAACCCAAUGACUCGUGCUACUGUUUUCGAGGGGCAGGCUCAUGCACUGUAAAAUCAGAAAUGGCUUCCUUCUGCAGACAAGCGCUGACGAUGAGUUCGAGGUCAAUUACCUCCAAAUCCAGGUCCUCGCUCCAGAAGUCCCUAGACGAGCGGCGUAUCUCAGCUCUUCUCUGCUCAACGUCAAGAUCCACGCCCCGCCCUUCCAGUUCUAGGGUGCUUUCGGUUUUGGGCAGUGUGGAGUCGCUAAUGCCUCUCCACAGUGCCAUCGCCUCGGCUCGGCUUAAGUCGAACAUCGCCUUCGAUACUCGUUGUUGGAGCUGGCUUUCUCAGGACUUUGCAGUUCCUCGGUGACAGGGCAACUUUCUCUUCGAACCGUAGGAGCUCACUCCGAGCUGCUCUCUUUCUACUCAUCUUGGUCCCUCAACUCUUUGCCAUCUCUUUUCAAUUGUGGCCACUGCCCGUUGUAAGUGAUUAAGUUAUUCUGAGCAACAUGUUUUGUUUCU